AUGGAAGCACUACAUGGAGUUUCUUCUGGAAAGUUUGACAUCAAGUCACCGGCGGACAAGUUCUUUACAUCUUUCACCGACGACAUAGAUAGCACUUUUGACAUAAUAUCGAAGGAGAAGAUCACUGAGUCUGUGGGUUGGGAGAAAAGAACAGUGACGUUGAAUAUGUGUGGAAAUCUAGUCUCGGAUAGCUACAAUACUUUCAAAGCAACCAUCACGGUCACUCCCAAGGAAGAUGAGACCGAUGGUAGCCGUGUGGUGUGGACCGUCGAGUACGAGAAGGUCCGUCAUGACAUUGGAGAUCCAAUGUGGAUCAUCGACAUUCUUAUCAAUUACUUAAAGGAGACUGAUGAAUAUCUUUGUAUGUAG